GCAAUUCCGAAACUAAUCUCACAUUUUCACCUCUCCAUUGUCCUUGCGUUGAUGCUGGAUCUGUGAGAGAAACCUCAUCCUGCCGGCGCCCCGGCCAUGGCUUCAUCACGUUCUGGUACCCGUCGCACUGGCGGCAACACUUCCACAGACACCGAACCCUUUCCUUCAAUACCCGACUCGACGUAUGCAGGGCCCAGUUCCUACAAUAACAACAGCACCACAACGACUACCACAACCGGUCCGACCACGACUGUUACGACCACCGUCCCUUCCCGUGGCAGGCCUUAUACUAUAACCUCUUCGCAACCUGGCAAUGCGGCUCCAAUGACUGUCACGUCGUCCACUGGCGGCACUUCCAGAGGUCCCAGUACGCGAACAACGAUAACGAACCCUACUCAAGUCACCCGAUUGCGACCUAUUGGUAUCAGAAGGCUGCCUUCGAGCCUGCAGCAAAGAGAUGACGGACCUGCAACUAAUGGUGAUGCUAGCGCCAUACCUAGCAGGAGCUCAUCGCUCCGAGGACGCAGCACUUCCGCACCACAGCAUCUUAACCCUUCUGGCCCGACUCCAAACAAUUUGACAAGGCAGACUACGAGGCAAUCCUUACUUCCGACUGUGACCGAAGGUCACGCAACAGCUGGGGCCGUGGACAGAGAGACCAUGAAUGAGACAACAGAUGUGCCCAGACGAAGACGUAGUGUCAGUAAUGCUGCACGGUCAGUCCUCAGCAACUUCAGUAGCUCGUCGAGGGAGCGUGAGCCACGUAUACAGAAUCCGGACUACGAUUCGGACGUGCUUGACCUUUUGGAUGUUCUGGAUCCUGAAGUGUCCACUCUCACCACCCUGAACAACGUCCAGAACUCCCUAUUCGUCCCCGAUCUUGGAAGAUGGAUCAACAGACGACCUACGUAUACACUUUCCAGUCGCCGUGGAUCGACCUCGAGCCGCCGACCGCAGAGCGGUGUUGAAGAAAAGCCAGGUGUUGGUAUGACUCCGAUACCGAGCGAGCCAACAACCGAAGCGGAACAAGCCGGUCGCCCCGAGGGAGAAGCCCCUGGAACGGCCCCUUCGAUCCAACGGACUUGGUCAUGGCAAAGGAGGCCAGAGCUUGAACGGACGCACAGCAUAACUUCCGUGAUGACUGAAUCGCAUUACGCCGUCUUGCCUCACGGUGUUUCUUUGGAUGAUUGGAGUGUGGAGGACAAGGAAGCACUGGACGAUCAUGUUCGACACAUGCUGCAUUCCAAGAGGUCGAAGUUCAAAUACACUAUGAUCGCAUUUGGAAAGUAUAUUCAGAAGCCGCUUGGGUUCUGUGUCACGUUGUAUGCCACUUUGAUCACCCUGUUUGGCCUGGCUUGGGUGUUGUUUCUGAUCGGCUGGAUUUAUGUUGGAGACAGACAGGGCUACGACGUCAAUGUUAUUGACAAUGUCCUCGUUGCCCUGUUCGCCGUGGUUGGCGACGGUCUUGCGCCGUUCCGAGCUGUCGAUACUUACCAUAUGUGCUUCAUUGCGCAUUACCAUCACUUGACCUGGAGGCUAAGGAGAGAGAAGGGGUUGCCAAAUCUCCAGGAUCACAACGAUCUCCCAUCACAACUCGAGAAAGGAACUGGCCCUGAGGCGCAAAAGCCUGACGACUCCGAGUUGUCCGUCUUGAGUCGGCAACAACAACAGCGGCUCAUCCACCAUCAAGCCAAAUUUUCCAAGUCACACUCAUUUUACAAGCCGCACGAAACGGCAACGCACUAUGCCUUCCCUUUGCGCCUCCUCGUUGCUAUUGUAGUACUGUUGGAUUGUCAUUCGCUGUUCCAGAUUGCGCUGGGGACAUGUACGUGGUCUAUCAGUUACCACGAUCGACCUCAAGCCUUGACCGCAACCAUUCUUUGUUGUUCGAUAACUGUCAACAUCACUGCCGGUAUCUUGAUCAGUAUUGGUGAUAGGAAGACGAGGAAGAAGGAUGUAGCGCUGAAGAUGCAAAGGCAGCAAUUAACUGCGGAGGCACUCAAGAAGGUGGAAAGGCAUAAGAUGGAGAGAUCCGAGCAGAUGGAACAGGCAGCCCCAGACGGCCGUGAGAACUUCGAGGUCAUUGACGAGGAGACAGCCGGUUAAGUCAGGUCGAACUCGAAGUAAAUGGUGAACCAUGUUGAGCAUCUUUUGGUGUGUAAUUGAAGCAGGGCGUCGGACGGUGUUAUCAGCAAGUAUGGCUAAUGUGGCACCCCGCCAUGAUCUGAUCGAGUUCUUGGAGCGUGUUAUGUCACCAACGAAUGUUAACAGGAGUAUAAUUGAUCUGAGGCCCUUGACUUUAUGGUCAUCUACGAACAGCGCUGAAAUCU